AUGAAGGUAUCAACAAUACUUGCUGUCUCGGCUGCAACAGUUUUGGUCGCUAAUGCCGAAAGCUACAGUGAACCGGAUCAAGCCAUCUGGAUCGAUCGUCACAACUACUUUCGCAGAACGGGUUUGCCAUGGUCUGCCGGCAACAUGCGUCGCAUUGAUUGGGAUGCUGACCUGGCCACCAAAGCUGCUUCGACUGCAUCGAAGUGCUCGGCCACUUGUGGAAAAGGUAUCAACGCGUUCCAGACAUCAUUAACCAACGCGUCGUCGGCCAUUGAUGAGGCGAUUCAACAGUGGGUCGUGGAAACUGGCGUGACGACCAUCAAGACCAUGGCACAGCCCGGUUCCAGCGGGUUGGACGUGGGCGUAGGCUACUACAACUCGUACUCACAGAUACUCUGGGCGGAAACCACUAGUGUCGGUUGUGCGACAGCGACCUGUUCAGGAGGAGAGUUGGUGGUGUGUGAGUACUCCCCUCCAGGUAACGACGGGAAGUCUCCUUGGUACAACCACGCGUCCCAAGGUUCUGAAUGCCCGGAUGGAACAACUGCGUCCGGUGGUCUCUGUAUCGACGAGGGCAACGAUGCCAACAGUCCGAUCGCUCCGAUUCCUGAUGGCAAAUAUACGUACCAGGUAUACCCGGCUUUUGUGACGGAUAUCCAAACUAUUCUACUGAAUACUGCACGAGAUAUCGCCAACGGGUCCAUUCCUCCGACGACACAGUCAAGCAACUCGACGUCGUCAACACCAGAGGCGACCACAGCUACCCCUUCUAAGGAAACUACACCAUCGUCAAAGACGAAGACGAGUUCCUCUGCCUCCAGUAGCGGCAGUUCCUCAUCGGAAUCCUCAACGAAACAGGAGACACCAAAGAAGGCGGCCGACACGAAGUUGUCGUCCGAGUCCUCGCCUGCGUCACAGGUAACGCAGGAUGACGGCGAACAGGCUCCGGGAACGACAAUGCAUCUGGAUGAUGCAGUGCAUCACGCCAACCAGGCACUCGAAAUUGACUCGAAUAACGUCAAGGCACUCUAUCGUCGAGCCCAGGCUUACAGAUUGAAGGACGAAUUCGACCUUGCACACAAGGAUAUCGCGCGUGCUAUUGAGCUUUCGAAGGCCGGAGAAACAAAGCAGUCAGCAGAUUCACUCUUGAUACAAGAGAAGAAGCUGCUACAGGCUAAAGUGUUCGCGUACAAACUGCGGACGAAGCAGGUAUCAGCUGCGAUGUUUGGCACUGGUGACAAGACCAAGGCACCGGAACGUUACGUUCCCGGCCUUCGUGUUUCAGACUCAAACGCUAUGGCGCUCAACUUGAAGAGCUCGAGUUCAGCUUCAACGCUGACAAACGAGUUCCCCUGCCUGGACACUUGGCAGCCUUCAACUCGGGGUCUAAAAGAGCUGCAGACACUAGUUUCCAGUCUCGAAAGCCACUGA